UGCCUCUAAGUGGAACGUGGCUAAGAGACCUGUUCUAGAUUCCACACCACCCUUCCCCAAGGCAGCCUCCACCUCCCACCAGCCGGGAGCAGGCGAGGCCAGGACUCAGCGGGAAGGCCGGCAGGCGUCAGAGCCGUGUGGGCACCGUGGAGCCAUGGAACCGGAGGCAAGGCCCGUGCUCUACCGACAGCUGCUGCUCUGGGACCCCAGCUUGGGGUCUGAGGACGAUGAGGACGAUGAGGAGGAGACCUUUGAGCUGGUCGUUUCGAAUUCUCGGAGGCCCCACAACUCCUUGGGCAGGAACGAGGUUGGCGGGCUGCCCGGGGCCUGGGCUCGCCUCGGCGCCGCCCUGCUGCUGCUGGUCACUGGCUUCUCCCUGGCUGCGAGGCAACUCUACAUCAGGGGUGACCCUACAGGAAGCCAGGGCUCGGCAGCCCCCCGGCCCGGCGGGCACUCCCAUGCCCCUGGUGUGUACCACCACGGUGCCAUCAUCAGCCCGGCAGGUCAGAGCCAGGAACCGUUGGGGGGCGGGCAGGGCCCAGGGCAUUGGUCGCCGGCCAUGCCCCAAGACAAUGUCUUCCUGGCCGUAGCCAUGUGCUCCCACCUGGGCCGAGAGCUGCUCAUCGCCGGGGGCAACGUCGUGGACGCGGGAGUGGGAGCAGCUUUGUGUCUGGCGGUGGUGCACCCUCACACCACGGGGCUAGGUGCCACGUUCUGGGCCCUCUUCCACAACAGCUCCUCGGGCAGCCCAACUGCCCUGACGCCGGGCCCCGCGCAGCCCCUGGGCCCCGGCCUGCGGCUGCCGUCCGCCCUGCCCAGCUUGCGCCUGCUGCACGCACGCUUCGGCCGCCUGCCGUGGCCACGGCUGCUGGGGGGCCCCACCUCGCUGGCUCAAGACGGCUUCCUGGUAGACACAGCCCUGGCCACAGCUCUGGCAGCCCGGGGCACAAAGGGCCUCUGUCCACUACUGUGCCAUGCUGAUGGGACCCCCCUGGGCCCCGGGGCCCGAGCCACCAACCCCAAACUUGCAACCGUGCUGCGCCUAGCGGCCCAAGCCCCGGACCUGGCCGGGGAUGCCCUACUGAGCCUGCUGGUCAGAGACCUGGGGCUGCGGAGGCCCCAAUCCAGGCCCACGCCCACCCUGGAGCCCGCAGUGCAGCAAGCCAUACCCCAAGGUGUCCUAUCCACCACCCCUGGCCCCUCAGCCUGCCCAGAGCUGCUGGCGAUGGUAGGGGCAGCCCUGCACUCAGGAGAGCCCAGCCCCGACCCCUGCCCGGCACGCUCACCAGCUCCCGUGGGCCCUGUGGGCACUGUCCUGGCCACUGUAGACAGCGGUGGCUCGGUGCUGCUCCUUACCUCCUCACUCAGCAGCCCCUUUGGCUCCGGACGCCUGUCCCCGAGCACUGGGGUUCUCCUUAGUGACCUGGUGGCCAAGCCUACAGCCAGUGCCUGGGCCUGCCCCCUCCUCCUCCAUGGAAGCUCGGAUGACACAGAGGCUGACAUGUUAGGGCUGGUGGCUUCGGGAACUCCUGCGGUGGCCAGAGUUGUGACUCGUGCCCUGCUCAGUCACCUGGCUGGGCCCCAGACCCAGGUCCAGCACCAGCGACGGCAGGGACCGACACUGAGCGCUAGCGUUUGUGGCCAAGGGACCCUGCUCCAGGUGGCUGUCCAGGCAGAGCAUGCCCAUGUCUCCAGUGUCCCCAGCAGCUGCUGCACUGUCCAGGGGUUCUAAGUGGGGGAUGUGUCUAGCCGGGGGUGGGAGGGUGGGGGUGUCCCACCUGGCGGCAGGAGCGGAACAGGC